UGGAGUAGGUCUUAGUUUUCAAAAUUCAAAAAAUUUUUGCCUGAGGCGUGAAUUUUUUGCGCCGACAGCCUUGGCAGAAAAAUUCUCCUCCUUGGCCCUCUCCCAAAAAAUCUUGACUAAGGUCCUACUUGAGUGCUUUAAAUUCGGUGUCAGACUAUUUUAUAAACUUUUAAGUCAAAUGUUUUGUCUAUGUGAAAUUCUUCAAAUUUUUCAAUUAAAAAAAUAUAUUUAAUCUAAAAGUUUUGUUCGUUCCCUAACGAUGGACAAAUGGAAAGAUAGCGAAUUAGAAAAAAUGAAGGUUGGAGGAAAUGUAAAGGCGAGGGAAUUUUUGGAAUCCCAACCAGAUUUCAAGCCGGAAUGGACUAUAAUCGAAAAAUAUAACUCCAAAGCUGCCGCUCUGCUGAGAGAUAAGGUCAGCACUGAAUCUGAAGGCAAAGUAUGGUCCUAUGAAACGUCACCAGCUCGUAAUUAUCAACCUAUUAAAAGUGAAAUGUCUAAACCUUUGGGCAGUGGACGUGUGGAGAGUUUACAUAAUGAUGACUUUGAUGGAUUUCAAAAUUCUGGGCAAAGUAAUUCUCGUUAUUCCGGCUUUGGCAAUCCCCAAUUUCAACAAAAAAUGAGUUUUGACUCCAAUUCUCAAUCUGAAAUGUUAACGGGUGCUUUAAACUCCCUUUCAAUGGGUUGGAAUUUGUUAAGUAAAGGGGCUACUUCAGCUGCUGGAAUGGCUAAAGAUUUGACUUCUCAAACGGGUACAAAAGCUGUUGAGUUGAGUGAAACUGUUGCGAGCAAGAUUGGAGAAGGAAAAUUGCUUGGAGGUUUUGGCAAUUUAUUAAAUUCUGCAACAGAAUUUGGUCAAAAAUCGUUUAGUGGAAUUAAUCAAUUUGUAAAAUCAACAAGUUUGCAUGGUUUUAGUGGUGGACAAUUUAAAGAUCAAUAUGAUGACUUAUCUGACUUGAAAAAUACGAGCCAAGUUAAUGAAAGUGAAAAUUUGGAUGAUGAAAAAUAUAAGAAAUUGUAUCGACAACAAAAAAUUGGGGAAGAAACAAAUAAACUCACUUCAGGUUUUUUUAAAAAAAUUUUUCGUAAAAAAAUUGGGGUUGGUCUGAACUUGUUUGGGCUAUAUUUCUGGUAG